AUGAAUAUUCUCUCGCAGAAGGACGUGACCUGUACACAAACAUUGGCCUCUGAUGGUGAUCAUAAAUUAAAAUUAUCCGAUAUCUCACAUAGUGAUUUGGAGCCAGAGGUCAUCCAAAAAAUCCUCAUCGCGCUUCUGCGGGAGGCUAAAAAACAAUCUGGAGCGGUUGUUCCUGAUCGAGAAAAGACUAUAGUCUCUUGCAAAGGGGUUGUCUAUGGCAUUGUAUGGGAGCCCUUCACCGGCGGAGUUUUCGAUAGGGCACGACCGAAGAGUGCCUUGGACGCUACUCUGUACAGAUGUCUGUUGUCUAUGAAACAUUCGACAAUAUAUCGACGUACCCGGAUAUCGCGUAGCACGGAGGAACCGCUGGUUUCUCAGUCAUCAUUCUCCCGCCAAGACAUCGCAUCAUCAUAUGAAGCGCUUGCAGGAGAAUCACUGAGAGACAUAAUCCAAGGAAUCCGCAGAAUAAGAAUACAGAAUUUCCUAGUUGAAGAGACCGAGUUUGACAAUGCAGAGGAAAAACGAUUAAGGAAGGAGAAGCAGAGGAAUGCAAAGCGAAAACGAACUAACAAUGACGGUGCAGCUGGAGAGGACCAACAGAAGAAGAGAACUAAACGAAAGAAGACUGAUGGUUAA